GCCAAGCCGGAGACGCGAUUAUACACCCUUCAUUGGCUAAUUUUGAGAAAACGCACUACUUAACCGUAGGUUUCUUUCAAACUAUCACUCUCCAAAGUAGUAUAAAUCCCAGGGUGUAUUUGAACGAUCCUGUUGUUUCUCUUUUGUCCUGCCUCCUACAAGCCACCUUGGUAUCUACAACCAAGACCUAUCCUCUCACAGCAUCCACCAACCACACCUCACGACGCGCCCAGCAUACAGGAUGGCAACACUAUGUGACAAGAUUCGGAUGGUUUUCCCACCCAAGCCCGUCCUCACGGAAUCCAAUCUGCCAGACCAGGAGGGAAAGGUUUUCAUCGUCACUGGGAGCUCAGGAGGUAUUGGCAAGGCAGUUGCGGCCAUGCUGUAUGGCAAAAACUCAGUGGUGUACAUGGCCGCCCGGUCCAAGGCCAAAUGCGAGGCCGCCAUCGACGAGAUCCGUCGCAAGUACCCGAGUUCCACCGGACGCCUCGAGUUCUUGCAUCUGGACCUUGCAGACCUGUCCACCAUUAAGGCCUCGGCGGAGACAUUUCUUGCCAGAGAGUCCCGCCUCGACGUCCUGUGGAACAACGCGGGCGUCAUGGCGUCGCCAGCGGGAUCCAAGACCGUGCAGGGGUAUGACUUGCAGCUGGGGACCAACAACCUGGGGCCGUUCCUCUUCACCAAACUGCUAUACCCGCUGCUCGUAUCCACGGUGGCGGCGGCGGUGGCCGGUAGUGAGCAUGCCAGCAGCACUCGCGUGGUCUGGGUCUCGUCCAACGGCGCGCAGUCGGCGCCUACCCCACCUGUGGAUUUCGGCAACAUUGAUUACAGCAUCCGUGACGAGACACCCUUCAACAAGUACUUUAGGAGCAAAGCGGGGAAUAUUUUCCACGCCCGGGAGCUGGCGAGGCGAAGCAAGGAAGCCAGUGAUGGGGUCAUCAGCGUGGUCAUGGAGCCCGGGCUGAUAAAGCCCGACAUUGGCCGAAACGUAUCGACAGCCAUACACGUCAUUUCUGCACCAUUUCAGGGGUCAGUCGAGGAUGGUGCUAGCACGGAGCUCUUUGCAGGGCUGCAUGAGAGCAUCACGGAGGAGCAUAAUGGCGCAUGGGUCGCUUCGUACGGCCGCAUCAACACCGACAACUUGCGGCCGGAUCUGCUGGAUGAUGACAGUGCCAAGCGAUUUUGGGAAUGGUGCGAAGAGCAAGUCAAGCCAUACGUGUGAUAUUUACAUGGAGGGAUGCUCGGGAUGUGGUAGACAAGAUACCGAGAUCUUGUCCGGCAAAUGAGGUUUUGAUGGUUUUUUGUUAGGGCAUCCAAAGAUCAGGAAGCAACCCACAGACAGUCAACGGCCUCGAAUGGCCGCACUUAUAGAAUCUCUUCUCCGCGAAUCCCACGCCA